GAUUCCUGGUACCAGAAAAAAAAAACAGAGAAAAUCACAUUCUAAAAUAGGAGGGAAUAGGCUGCAGGGUGUCCUAUGGCUCUGCCUGUCCGCAUGCUGCUCUCAGGCAGCCGCAGGGCUUCCCAGCCUGAGUAGGGAUUCCCGGCCCGGCCCGUGGUCCGUGGUCUACACCGCCCGCCCCCGGGGCGUUCAGGAGGCCGAGAGCAGCGACUUCCGGGGUGGGCGUGGCGGGGCCGGAGGGCAGGCGCCGAGUCCGCACUCGGGUGGCGCUGUCUACGCAGCCGGCUGUGGAUUAGCGUGAUCCCGGAGUCGUCGCGGCGCCGGGUCCGAGAUGUCGGCCAGCAAGCGGGUGGCGAAGGAGCUGGAGGACUUGAAGGGGGAGAUGCCCCCGUACCUGUGGGACCUGUGCAGCGAGAAGGCCAACGUCCUGGCAUGGCACGUGCUCCUCCUGCCUGUGCAGCCUCCCUACAACCUCAAGGCCUUCCGCCUGCGCCUCGCCUUCCCCAGGGAGUACCCCUUCCGGCCCCCUGUGGUGACCUUCACCACCAGGAUCUACCACCCCAACGUGGACGAGCAGGGCCAGACCUGUUUGCCACUGCUCAGCAGGGAGAACUGGAAACCUCACACCAAGGCUGCCCAAGUCUUGGAGGCCCUCAGCCAUCUGGUGAACAGACCAAACCUGGAGGAGCCCCUGCGGCCAGACCUGGCCAACCUGCUGGCCCAGAGCCCGGAACUGUUCUCGAAGAAGGCUGAGGAGUUCACACUGCAGUUUGGCGAGGACCGGCCCUCCUGAUCCUGCUGACCAGGAUUGCGACCAGGCCCUGGAGUCGGGGUGCAGAUGGGGACACAGGGCCUAGCACCCAUGUGUGGCAUGUGGACAUGGCCUGGGGUCCCUGGCCCUGCGGAGCCUCCCACCCUGGUUUGGGUCCGGGCAGUUCAUGCAUCUACACUGGCUUCCAGCUCCUCAGGGCCCAGGCACAGGGUGGGUGGGGUCCAUGGGUCCAGUGGGAGCAGCACAGGUGCUGUCCUGUUUCCACCCCAGGGACUGAAUCCGCUGGAGCCUGGGGCUGGUGCACAUUUAGGUGCCAAACCUUUGGCUUUUCACAGAGGGAAGAAUGUAACCUCUGUCGCAGAAUCUGACCACGUACUGUCCCGACAGGUUGCCAGUUCCAAGGGCCAGGCCUGGGGCUGUGUGGCAUGUGCCCCCCACAGCCAGCCUUGGGAUCCGCAGAACCCACUCCCCUCCCAGCUCUUACUCACUCAGAAUUCUGGAGUUCAGCUAAAUCCUCUCUGAGGGCUGGGAUUUAACUGGUGCCAUUUCCCAAGGAUAUUUCCUAAAUGUGGUAAGGA